AUGGCGAAAGAGGAUAUUGAAGAGCCUGAGAUUAGAAAUGAUGCAUCUGACAAUGAAAAUGCAUCUGAUGAAGAAGGCCAGGAUCUUCUUGAUUCUUCAGAUGAAGAAGACGAUGAAGAAGACGAAGAUGAGAUUCAGAAGGUUAGAGAAGGUUUUAUAGUGGAUGAUGAGGAUGAGGAUUCUGCCAAUAAAAAUAAAAGAAGACGUAAAAAGAGAAAGAGAGAAAAAGAAAAAUCAAGGAAAGAUGAAGAUGAUGCAUUAGAUGAAGAUGAUAUCGAGUUGCUUAUGGAGAACUCUGGUGCAGGGCCACAAGAUAGGUCCAAAGGCAAGUUCAAAAGGCUUAAAAGAGCACAAAGUGAAGGAGAUAACGAAACAGCAGAUUCUAAUAAGAAUGAUAGAAGAAUUGGCUUGACUGAUAUUUUUUCUGACGACGAGGGUCUCGACAAUGAAGCUAAAGACAACGACACAACGUCUCGGACGGAUGAGCACAACAUUCUAGAUGAAUUCGAAGACUUUAUUGAGGAAGAUGAGUUUUCAGAUGAGGAUGAAGCAAGCAAGCAAAGAAGCGUUACUCAAAAACGAGAAAAAGCCAGAAGAGCUGGCCCUAAGUUGGAUACAUCGAAGUUGUCUAAUGUAGACCGCGAAAGCUUGCAACAGUUAUUUGAAGUAUUUGGAAGCGGUGAGGAAUACGAAUGGGCUUUAGAAGCACAGGAGAUGGAAGAUGAUGGAAAUGCCGAAACAAUGGAACCUAGUUCUUUGGAUGAAGUUUUCGAACAUUCGGAAUUGAAGGAACGUAUGUUAACUGAAGAAGAUAAUUUGAUUCGCGUGAUCGAUAUUCCUGAACGGUACCAAAAAUAUCGAGCCAGUUUAAAUUAUGUUGACUUGGAAGGAGAAGAAUUAGCAAAUGAACAGCAAUGGAUUGCUGAUAUCCUCUUUGCGGAAAAGCAUGGUGAGUUUGAUGGGUUCUUGGAAGUCCCUUUUAAGGACGCUGUUGCAAAAGUUGUAGAGUUUGUCUCGAAAGAUGCCUAUGAAGUACCUUUUAUUUGGACUCAUCGUAGAGAUUUUCUCUUAUAUACUAGAGAAGAAACCACCGAAGAUGGUACAGUUGCAAACUCUGUUCACAAACUCUUGUUUGAAGAUGACUUAUGGAGGAUUGUCCAUUUGGAUAUUGAGUAUCAUUCGAUUUACCAGAAGAGGCGGAACACUGAAAACUUAGCCGAUCUCUUGAACGUAGACGAUGAUCUCUUGAAAGAUAUUAGAACUGUAGAUUCUAUGGUUGCUAUUCAGGACUUGCAUGAUUAUAUACAAUUCACGUAUUCUUCUGAGAUUAGAGACUUGGCUAAUGACACUACUACCAACGAAGAUGAUAAUGAAAUCAAUAACAGAGCGAGAAAGCACUCGAAAUUUGCUCUUUUUGAAAGAAUCAAAGCUAAUAUCUUGUAUGACGCUGUCAAGGCUCUUGGCAUUACUGCGAAAGAAUUUGGUGAAAAUGUACAAGAUCAAAGCUCCAAACAGUUCCAAGUACCAUAUAGAAUCCAUGCCACAGACGAUCCUUUAGAAUCCCCAGAAGAUUUGAUUGAAAAAUUGGUUGAAGAUGAUGAAGCUUUAUACAAGGAUGAGAAAACUGCACGAGAUGCAGUCAGGAAGACUUUUGCGGAAGAAAUCUUUCAUAACCCCAAAGUAAGACACGAAGUUCGGUCUACGUAUAAAAGCUUUGCCUCGAUUAGUGUUGCAGUUACCGAGAAAGGGAAAGCGAACAUCGAUAAUCAUAGUACCUAUGCUGAUAUAAAGUAUGCAAUUAACCGUUCUCCAGCUGAUUUGAUUCGAAGUCCUGAUGUCUUAUUGAGGAUGUUGAAUGCGGAGGAGCAGGGUCUUUUGGUCGUCAAAAUCGAGUCAAAAGACUAUGAAAGCUGGUUUCAAUGUAUCUUUAAUUGCUUAAAAUCUGAUGGUACAUCUGAGCUCUCAGACAAGUGGAACAAGGAAAGAGAACUUAUUUUGCGUCUCGCCCUCAAGAAGCUCACUGGAAUGGUUGCACUUAACACCAAGGAAGACUUACGUCGAGAGUGUGAACGCUUGAUUGCUGUCGAAGUACGUAGAAGAUUUUCUGCUAGGGUUGAUCAGGCUCCGUUUACACCCUUCGGUUAUGAUAAGGGAACCAAGCCAAAUGUCUUGGCCUUGUCAUUUGGUAAAGGCGAUUUCGACAGUGCAGUAGUUGGUGCCUUUAUAAGAGAUAAUGGCAAAAUUGACGAUUUUUUUAAAUCUGAAAAUAAUCCUAUCAGAGAUCGCGAGAAUGAAGAAAAAUUUUCUGGUCAAUUGAAGGAGUUUUUCGACAAGAGCCUUCUGUAUCAAAAGCCAGAUGUCAUAGUGGUGUCUGGAUAUAAUGCGCACUCUAAAAGGCUCUAUGAUACUGUAAGAUCAUUUGUUGAAAACAACGAUGUUCGUGCAAAUAUCGAGGAUUUACCUGAUAUAUCCAAUCCCCCUUUGGUCCAAGUUAUAUGGUGUCAAGAUGAAACUGCUCGUCUAUUUCAAAACUCUGAAAGGGCUAAAGUUGAACUUUCGGAUAAACCCACUUUAGUCAAAUAUUGCGUCGGAUUAGCGCGUUAUGUUCAAAGCCCAUUACUAGAGUAUAUCUCAUUGAAAGAUGAUAUACUGUCCUUGACUUUCUUUGAACAUCAAAAACUUAUACCGUUAGACACUUUCUUCGAAUCGAUUGAGUCAGUUUUUGUUGAUAUUGUUAACAUGGUUGGAGUUGAAAUUAACGAGGCCGUACGGGAUCCAUACAUCGCUCAAGCUCUUCCUUUUGUCGCAGGAUUGGGCCCACGUAAAGCUUCAGGAUUAAUAAGAAAUAUUAACACAAAAUUGAGCUCUACGUUGCCCAACAGAAGCGACUUGAUUGAGAACGAACUUACCACUGCAAACAUAUUUAUUAAUUGCUCUUCGUUUUUAAAUAUCUCUCACGAUGACAGCUCUACCUCGACUGAUUCAUCGAUCGAACUUCUAGAUGCUACAAGGAUACAUCCUGAGGAUUACGAGCUAGCCAAAAAGAUGGCCGCAGAUGCACUUGACCUAGAUGAGGAGGAUAUGGUGCAUGUGGAAGAACAAGGUGGUAUUAUAUAUCAAUUGAUGCAAGAUGGUGUGAAUAAAGUUGACGACUUGAAUCUAACUGCUUAUGGUAAAGAGCUAGAAACCAAAUUUGGGAAGAAGAAGUACGCAACAUUACAAAGCAUUAAAGAAGAGCUUGUUAAUAAUUUUGAGGAAUUGAGAAGGUCUUAUCAUUUAUUAGAUACAUCUGAAAUUUUCCAAAUGUUGACCGGAGAAACAACUAAAACGUUUGCAAAGAACACUUUAGUGCCUGUCACUGUUAAUAAAGUCGGUAAGAACUUCAGAGACUAUCAAAACUCCAAAAUUAGAUUUGUCAAGGUUGUUACUACUUCUUUGAUUCAAGGUAACAUCGAGGAAAAUUAUAUUCCUCAAGACAUGGAUAUAGAGCAAGGACAAGUUCUACCUGCUGUAGUGUUGGAGGCGUAUUAUGAUUCGUUCAGUGCUCUAUUCAGCUUACUAGAAGAAGACAUAAAGAGAGCUUCGGAACCUAAGUUCUUCAAGGGAGCCUCUAAGUGGGAUUUUGAGGCUGAAGAGGCUGACAAAAGAAAAGAACUUGCUAAAGAGAAGGCUCAACUUGCGAAAACACGUAAUAUUCAACACCCCUUGUAUCAUAACUUUAAUUACAAACAAGCGGAAGAAUUUUUAGCACCGCAAUCUGUUGGAGAUUGUGUUAUACGACCAUCUUCCAAGGGGCCAAAUUUCCUAACGAUUACGUGGAAAGUCUCUAAUAAUUUGUUUCAACAUCUAUUGGUUGAAGAGGAUAGCAGUGGCUUAGGAAAAGAAUAUGUUGUGGAAAACAAAAGAUACUCAGAUUUAGAUCAAUUGAUAUUUCAACAUAUUCAAGCUAUUGCUAAGAGGGUCAACGAAAUGACUCGCCAUCCCAAGUUUAGAGAAGGGACGAUAGCAGAAGUCAACGAGUGGCUCGAAUCAUAUACUAAGGCCAACCCGAAGAAUAGUGCCUACGUGUUUUGCUUCGACCAUAAGGCUCCAGGAAGCUUUUUACUAUUAUUCAAAGUGAACGUGAAUACGCCUGUAAGCACUUGGCAUGUCAGAACAGAAGUCGAUGGAUACACAUUAAAGGGCUUUUCUUAUCCGACUAUGCUUCGUUUAUGUAACGGAUUCAAGCAGACCUUUAAAAGCUACGUUUCCAAUUCAUCGAGGGCACCAAGAGUUCCUCAGAGUAGACCUCAAGCUAGUACUUAUGGGGGCUACGGUUAUUAA